GUAUUUUUGUUGGUUAAUGUUGUAUUAAAUAAAUUAUCAAAAAAAAAACAUUAGUUUUAUUAGUCAUCGUUUUAGAAACAUUUGAUUUAAAUAAUAACUAUAAAUUAGUUUACUGUAUAAGUACUUAUAUCUGAGUCUAUCAAUACGUUGUUAUUAUGUCUGGAGCUACAGCACUCUUUGGGAAUACUGCUGGUAGAAACCAGUCAAAAAAUCUAGUUGAGUUUAAAGCUGGAAAAAUGUCCAUGAGAGGUAAAAUGGUUUAUCCAGAUAAAAGGAAAGGAUUGUUGUAUAUACAUCAAUCAGAAGAUUCUUUAAUUCACUUUUGCUGGAAAGAUCGUUCAUCUGGAGUUGUUGAAGAUGAUUUAAUUAUAUUUCCUGAUGAUUGUGAAUUCAAACAUGUGCCACAAUGUACUACAGGAAGGGUAUAUUUAUUAAAAUUUAAAUCAUCAAAUAAAAAAUCAUUUUUUUGGCUACAGGAACCAAAAACUGACAAAGAUGAUGAAAACUGUAGACGUAUCAAUGAUGUUAUGAACAAUCCUCCUGCACCAGGUUCAAAUCGCAGUGGUGGGACUACACCAGAUGGAGAUUUACAGAAUUUAUUGAGCAACAUGUCUCAACAGCAGUUGAUGCAAUUAUUUGGUGGUGUAGGGCAAAUAGGAGGCUUAUCAUCAUUACUUGGAACAAUGAGAUCUAGCCAAACUGGGCGUUCGUCUUCAUCUCAGUCUUCUACUGUGCAACCUUCAAACACUAGUUCUAAUGCCAACACAAAUAGUGGUAGUAAUCGUUCUACUAAUACUAGUAGUCCACCAUCUCCAUCCCCUAAUGCAACAAUCACUAAUCCACCUACGGAUGAGCAAAGGCCUGCUGCUGGAAUACAGCUAAGAGAUCUUCAAUCUAUGUUAUCUGGAUUAACUGCUGCUCAAGGAACUGUAGAAAAAACCCCAGUUGAUUUGUCAACUGCUAUGGAUAUGGAAAAUUUACAAAGUGUAAUUGAAAAUACAAGUGCUAUAAGUCAGUUAUCACAGCAUUUACCUGCUGCAGAAACAGCAUCUAGCUCACAAUCAGCUAGCCAAACUACACCUGAUAGUUUAAAGGAUACUAUUACUUCUCCACAAUUUAGACAAGCUGUUAGUAUGUUUAGUAAUGCUUUACAGACUGGACAACUGGGAUCAGUUGUUCAACAAUUUGAUUUGGGUGAAGGUGCAGUUAGUGCAGCAAACCAAGGAAAUAUGGAAGAGUUUGUACGAGCAUUACAACAAGCAAAUAUCAGUGCUGAGGAAUCAGAUGACUGUCCAGUGAAUCCUGAGAAACGAAAAAAACCAGAUAAUGACGAUAAUGGUUCAAAAUAAAUAAAUAAUAUGAAUUUCAUCAUUUAUAAUGAGGCAAAUUAAUUAUUUGUAACAGUUUUUUGUCAGUAAUACAUUUUAUAAUUUUCAUUAAAUAAAUGCAUUCAAUUAAAAUAUCAGUUAAAAUAAAAAUAUUGUUCAAAUAAA